CGGCCCGUCUUUUCGACAAGAACACAUACACCUGCGUCUCGCGGCCGGCACGCAGCCCAUCCCCGUAGCAUCGACGACAAUGCUCUCAUGAUUUCUUCGCCAUGUCUUCGCCUAUCGCCUCGAGAACGCUAGAGCAAGCACCGCCCCCAGCUACGCUGAACACCCGCCGCUCCUUCACCCUCCCUAGCCGGCCAUCGAGCCGGCCGAGGACGGCUCCAGCAUCCUCCAAUAGCGCCGAUGGCAUUGAGACCCUAUUCACUCACUCGUGCACCAAGAUUGUUUCUUUCAUCGCCUCCAGCCCGCGAGGACAGUCCUCUGUCUCGGGGCGGCUGAGCGACAUCGGCACAGACACCCCUGGCUCAAUACCAUGGAGAUCCUACGCAGAGCGCACGCUCGCAGUUGGUGUCCUGCGGAUAUAUCGGGUAACAUCCUCGAAUGUCUCCUUCCUCAACUCCGGGAGCCUGCUCCACACCAUUUUCCCAAGAUCACAGUGUUGGUGUGUUGAUGGGGCAUCCAAGUUUGUGUUGCGGAUUCGGCAGGACUCGUACUACCGCAUUGAAUUAGCAUUCGAGUCCGAAGAAGAUAAGGAGAAGGUCGAGGAAUUCAAAGCUGUUUUAGACCAGGUCUUGCAGUAUGAGAAGACGCGUUCUCCCUUCAAAAUAGGGCUUGAGGCUGAACUACCCGACCUCCCUGAACGCCCUGAACGCUCUGAACGACCGAAGACGCCGCCCCGCCGGAUGCCGAAGAAGACCCCAGAGAGGGCUAAGAAGUGGCUGUUUGAUAAGACAUGGGUGCCUGAGGAUGGUCCAAGGCCUUCCCCUUCUGUGCUGGAAGGUUCAGACUCUUCAUACGAAGAAGAUGAUCGCUCAAGCAUCAGCACUGCAGUAUCAGAGUCGCCCGCACAAAUGUCAGAUAUCCCCCCACGAAGACAGAUACGGACCCCUUCCGUCUCAGAAAGAGCAAAGAUGUUCCAAGGCUUGCGAUCAGUGACGAUGCCAUCAGGCUUGGUUCGGUCACCGUCGUCCUAUUCCGCAUCUGCAUCUGCAUACCCCCAAACCCUGAGAAUCUCGCGAACCUACCCUGGGGCAGAAGAGAAGAGUGACAAGCCCAGCCCGCCUGUAGAUACAGGCAGCCUGAUGUCUAGCACCGAUUCAUUCUAUUCUUUCGACACUACUGUUCCAGGGACCCCCUCACCUCCAUAUCUAGACGCUGAACCCGGGUUUGAGCAUAACCCCUGGGUCGAAGAGCGUGAACAUGCAGUCGAAGAGCCUCGAGGCCGCGAUCGUCAUCGCCGCCAGAUAUCUGAGGCUACCGUGAGACCCAUCUCAUCGGGAAAUGUAGAGGGACAGGUUCCGCACACACCGACAAUCGACCUUCAUCCAUCAUCGGCAUUAGCAACCCCACCACUGUCCCCUGACUCGGAUGACAGUGUGGAGCCGGCAUACUUGGAUGUACCCACCCCGCCGGAUACGAUCAGGCUGAAGAGGCUUACGGGGGCAUCACAGCGGCGCGCCUUUUCCCCGAUGCCCCAUCCACAGAACCUCUUCUGCCCGCCUUCACCGGGCCCAAGGCAACAAUUCACGGCAGCCUUGGUUCGCAAAACAUGCGAGCUUAUCUUCGGCCCUCCGUCGCAUUUGGUCACGCUGAUGCUCCGGAUUGCCGCGAAGAUCUCCCAGGGAGCCUUUGGGUGGAAUACUUACCGGGUGCGUCACACGGGUGAGAAGAUACCGUGCUCGUGGGAAUCAAGCGAUGAGGACGAGUGGGAGGAAGAUGAUUACGGCAUUCCACUUAGAAAUCUUGAGGGUUCGACUAUUAGGAGGAGAGAGCGGGGAUGGUCCUCCACAGAAGUCGAUUGAGGGCAUGAUUUUCAUUGCAUAUCUGUGAUACCAGGGACAUUGCAUGUACCACGAAGGACACGUUGGAGUUUGUUUACUAUUUUCUACGUCGCCGGCGUUGAUAUACCCGACGGAACUCUACAGUUCGGGUAGAACUUUUUUAGUUCUGGAAUGAUAAAUGAAGUCAC